AUGAAUUCAUCUCAAGAAUCAAACAUUCCUAUUGUUCUUAUCACUGGUUUCGAUUCGUCGGGUUCUGUGAUGGUGAAUUCUAGUUGGGAAAUUGCUAAAGCAUUAAAAAUCUAUCUUGAUUGGACACGUCCAAUACAUCUAAUUCUUAAACAAUUAGAAGUAACCUAUGAUGAUGUAAGAACAAAAAUACCUGAUUAUUGGAUUAAAUACAAUCCAACUCUCGUAAUUCAUCUUGGUUUAGCCAAAGGAUCAAAAGAAAUUCGUUUGGAAAGAUUUGCUUACAAUGCAGAUUACUGUCAUGCAGAUAAUGAAGGUACCGUACCGGAAAUAGGUCAAUGCAUCAAAAAUGAUUCAUCAAAACGUCUAAUGACAAGUCUUCCAAUUCGUGACAUUUGUGCUCGAGUACAACGUCAAACAAAUCUACCAAUUAUUGUUUCUGAUAAUGCUGGAAGAUAUCUUUGCGAAUACAUUUAUUAUCAAUCAUUAUUUAUCGAUUCGAAACGAACAAUAUUUAUUCAUAUGCCAGAUUUAGAUGAUAAUUUUACAAUUGAAAAUUUAGCUCAAACUAUUCAAUUUGUUGUCUACGAAGCACUUCGUUAUGUUGACCCAUUGCCUAUAUUAAAUGAAAAUGGAAAUUAUUUAAUCAAUAAAAAUAAUGUUUCCACGAAUUAUAAUAAAUUAAAAUCGAACAAGCUGUUCUAA